UUAAAGAAGCAGAUUUCCUCCACAGUGGCUCUCAGUUCUGUCUUAAGCUUCCUAAACACUAAUGAAAGUGGCCGCAUAUUGUCGGCUGUGGACAGAUGGUUUGUGUCUUGAUUAAGUUUUAAUUUUGCUGAUCCCACAGUGUUCACAGAACACCUCGUCUCUCACAUCCCGAGAUAUGACUCUGGGGAGAAGAGCUUAAGUCUUGUCUCUCGGCUGGGGUGUUAUUUCGCAGCAGGCGGGAGCUGUGAUCAUCUUUAUUUUUGUUCAUCUUGUAAAUUGAAGCUGAAAAAUGAACUACAGAUUCACGUCUGCUUCAAAUUUGGGACACGUUUGACAUGAACCCAGGUACUAAUGGGGACUUCAACAUCUGCUUAAAUACCAUCAGCACAGAAGACACUGGCAGGAUGCAGGUGCACUUUGGACUGACAUGGACGUUGUUACACUGGGGCCUCUUCGUCAUCUGUGUGGUCGGAUUCUGCAGCCAGCGGGUGUCCGCUGGCAACCAAAGCUCCCGAGGACAAAUGGGGUCAUCGCAGGAGAGGACAGGCACAUGCGAAGUGGUCGCCGCUCAUCGUUGCUGCAAUAAGAACAAGAUUGAAGAACACUCUCAAACAGUCAAGUGCUCCUGCUUUCCAGGACAGGUUGCAGGGACAACAAGGGCUCUGCCCUCCUGCGUGGAAGCCUCCAUUGUGCGUCAGAAGUGGUGGUGCAAAAUGGAGCCGUGUCUGGAAGAGGAGGAGUGCAGAGUUCUCCCUGAUCUGACUGGCUGGUCAUGCAUCACUGGGAACAAAGUAAAGACCACUAAGGUGGCGCGGUAGCAAGAGGAAGUCGUCUCGACCUGAAGUGGUCAGAGGUACAAAAUUCAGAAGACUGUGAACGAACUGGCAGACAGAAGAAAUGAUAGAUCUAAUUAAUAUAUCUUCUCAUGUUCAUUUCCUUCAGUUUGGAUGCUAUAAGUAUUUGUAGUACUUUGACAGUUUGAAGAGAAAUAACUUG